UCAUAUAUAUGUCAGUUUUGAACGGCUCGAUCAAAGUAGAAGAACAGUAGAUACUAUUGUUGAUUCAGGCUCAAGUUAUUCUCCUAUCCUUUAUGGUGGAUCAUUGUCAAUUCAUUUCAGAAAGUAGAAUUCGAACAUUAUCCUUCGAGACAAUAUUCAAAAAGCUCAACCAUAAUUUCGUAAAAUCAUGAGAAGUUUCUCCAUUUUCAAAUCGACUUCAAAACUUUUCAAUGAUUACCCAAUCAGUUCCAGAUUCUUGGUCCUCUUUACCAUCAGUACUGGAGGCAUGGUGGCGUACUCGGAAUCUCAGACAGGAAAUGGUCUACCCAACUCUGGAAAUAAACAUAUGGAGCCGAAGAAGAAGAAAAUGGUGGUGCUUGGGACAGGAUGGGCGGGUAUCAGUUUUGUAAAGGAUCUAGAUCCUUCUAUGUACGAUGUCAAGGUUAUCUCACCACGAAACUAUUUUGCUUUUACCCCUUUGUUACCUAGUGUGACUUGUGGGACAGUUGAAGGUAGGAGUAUUGUAGAGCCCAUCAGAAACAUCAUAAAGAAGAGAAACGGAGAAGUAAAAUUUCAUGAAGCGGAAUGCACUAAGAUUGAUGCAGCAAACAAAAAAAUUCAUUGCAGAUCAACUUUUGAGUAUAGUCCUAUUCCAAAUCGAGAGUUUUCGUUGGAGUAUGACUACUUGGUUGUUGCAAUUGGAGCACAAGUGAAUACUUUCAAUACUCCUGGUGUCAUGGAACAUUGUCAUUUUCUCAAGGAAGUGGAAGAUGCUCUAAGGAUACGUAGGUGUGUAAUAGAUCGCUUUGAGCAAGCAGUUCUUCCAGACUUGAGCGAGGAAGAAAAAAGGAAGAAUCUCCAUUUUGUAAUUAUUGGAGGAGGUCCAACAGGUGUUGAGUUUGCUGCUGAACUGCAUGAUUUCAUCUGGGAAGAUUUGGUGAAGUUGUAUUCUGGAGUUAAAGACUUGGUAAAAAUAACAGUGAUUCAAUCAGGAGAUCAUAUUUUGAACACGUUUGAUGAAAGGAUUAGUUCUUUUGCCGAGAAAAAGUUUUCUAGGGAUGGGAUUGAACUUUUAACAGGGUUCAGGGUUGUCAGUGUAUCCGAAGACUCUAUAACAAUGAAUGCCAAAAAAACGGGUGAAGUUUGUGCUAUACCCUAUGGGAUGGCCUUAUGGUCCACUGGAGUUGGCACUAGACCAGUUGUGAAAGAUUUUAUGGAGCAAAUUGGACAGGGUCAUAGGCGGAUUCUAGAAACUGAUGAGUGGUUGCGAGUUAAGGGUUGCGAGGAUGUAUAUGCCAUUGGCGAUUGUGCUUCUGUUCACCAGCGCAAAAUCAUUGAUGACAUUUCAAAAAUAUUUGCGGCUGCGGAUAAAGACAAUUCUGGGACCUUAACCAUACAGGAAUUCCAAGACGUUAUUGACGACAUUCUCGUAAGAUAUCCCCAAGUGGAGCUUUAUUUGAAAAGUCAUCAUAUGAUGGACAUAAAGGACUUAUUAAGGGACGCUGAAGGAAAUGAGAUGCAAGUAGAUAUAGAAGGCUUUAAGUCAGCCCUUUUACACGUUGAUACACAAAUGAAGAGUCUUCCUGCAACUGCACAGGUUGCUGCUCAACAAGGUGCGUAUCUUUCUAGAUGCUUCAAUCGUCUUGAAGGAUGUAAAGCUAAUCCUGAAGGUCCUCGUCGUUUUAGAGGCUCUGGGCGCCACACGUUUCUUCCCUUCAGGUACAGGCAUUUUGGACAAUUUGCCCCAUUAGGAGGAGAACAAGCGGCUGCUGAGCUUCCAGGUGAUUGGGUGUCAAUUGGCCAUAGCACUCAAUGGCUGUGGUAUUCUGUAUAUGCCAGCAAACAAGUUAGUUGGCGUACUCGUACUCUGGUGGUUAGUGACUGGACAAGGAGAUUUAUCUUUGGCAGGGAUUCCAGUCGUAUUUGACAUACGAAUGGUGUUACAUGUUCUUACAUGAUUACCAAAGAAGCCUACUUUCAUCCCAUGUCUAUAUUGUAUCAACGUGUAGAGUUUCAUGUCAAUUAUAAGCCCAUAAGAACAUGGAGUUAUGCAGCCAAUUCUGUUGGGUUUCGUUUUUAGUAUAUAUCUAAUUUGUAUUUAUUAUAAUUUUUGUUAAAACAUAGAUUGGAUUAUGAAAUAUUGUUUCAAUGGAUUUCCAUCAGAACUCCGAAUCUACGUAGAUUUGUAAGCUUUACGGGUAAGUCCUACUAGUUAAAGCUCGUAGUUGAUAGUUUAUUAUUCCUUUUAACUACGAGUAAUGUAUAAAAUUUAUAGUAGCAUUACCCAACAUUUGUAAUUUGGUAUACAAUUUGUCAAAAGAAAAUAAAUUUCUUUCAAUGAAUGAAUAAAUUGUGAAUUUUCUAC